AUGGCCGGCGACAUGGAGCUCUCCGUGGAGAGCGGUGGCGGAAGGCCCCCACAUCCACCGCAGAUCAGUCUGGUGGGGCUAUUUUUCGCGUGCAUGGUCGCCGGCGGCGUGCAGUACGGCUGGGCGCUGCAGCUCUCCCUCCUCACCCCCUACGUCCAGACAUUGGGAAUUCCCCACGCUCUUACUUCUGUCAUGUGGUUAUGUGGCCCUAUUGCUGGAUUAAUUGUCCAACCAUGUGUGGGUCUCUCUAGUGACAAGUGUGCUUCUCCGCUGGGGAGGCGGAGACCAUUCAUCCUCUCGGGAUGUAUCGUCAUAUGUAUAUCCGUCAUAGUUGUCGGUUUCUCUUCGGACAUUGGAUACGCACUCGGCGACACAAAGGAAGACUGCAAGGAUUACACUGGGCCUCGGUACCGCGCAGCCGCCGCAUUCAUCUUGGGUUUCUGGCUCCUUGACUUCUCCAACAACACCGUACAAGGUCCAGCACGCGCGAUGAUGGCUGAUUUAUCAGGUAAACAUGGCCCCGGUGCAGCGAACGCGAUCUUCGUGUCUUGGAUGGCUAUUGGAAACAUCCUAGGAUACUCCUCUGGUUCCACGGACAAGUGGCACGAGUGGUUCCCGGCCCUCCAAACUAGGGCUUGUUGUGAAGCUUGCGCGAACCUCAAGGCUGCGUUCUUGGUCGCAGUGGUCUUCCUGGGUUUUUCGACAAUGGUUACGAUGAUCUUCGCCAAAGAGACGCCGCUGGACCCGGAGGUGGCAAAGCAGAGCGAGGGCGAGGCUACGGGCCCGCUGGCGGUGUUCAAGGGCAUGAAGAACCUACCGGCCGGGAUGCCACAGGUGCUCAUCGUUACCGGUCUCACGUGGUUGUCGUGGUUCCCCUUCAUCCUCUUUGACACCGACUGGAUGGGCCGCGAGAUGUACCACGGCAGGCCGGACGGGAGCCCCGCCGAGGUCGCCGCCUUCCAGGAGGGCGUUCGGCAGGGCGCCUUCGGCUUGUUGCUCAACUCCGUGCUCCUCGGAAUUAGCUCCUUCACCAUCGAGCCCAUGUGCCGGAAAGUUGGGCCCCGGACUGUGUGGGUUGUCAGCCAGGGCCUGGUCUGUAUCGCCAUGGCUCUGGUUGCCAUCCUUGGCUCAUGGUCUCUCGGCGACUUUGGCGGCAACGUGCAAGACGCCGCCGCCACUGAGAAGGGUCUCAAGGCAUCAGCUCUCGCCUUGUUUGUCUUCCUCGGCCUUCCAUUCGCAGUUCUAUGCAGUGUUCCGUUCGCCGUGACGGCGCAGCUAGCGGCUAGCAAAGGCGGUGGGCAGGGCUUGUGCACCGGGGUCUUAAACAUCGCCAUCGUGAUGCCCCAGAUGGUCAUCGCUAUCGGCGCCGGCCCGUGGGACGAGCUAUUCGGCAAGGGUAAUAUCCCGGCGUUCGCCCUCGCCUCUGUGUUUGCUUUCAGCUCGGCCGUCGCGGGGAUGAUUAUGCUACCCAAGAUGCCCAAGAGCAGCUUUCGGUCAGUCAGCAUGGGCGGGGGGCACUGA